AUGGCCGAGGACUUGGACGAUUUCUUUGACGAUGUGGAAGUAGCUGAAGCAAAAGUGGCAGAGGAAACUGAAAAGGAACCUCCUCCAAAGAAACAAAAGACAAAACCGGAAGAUGAUCUCGAUGAUUUCUUCAACGAGGUGGAAGAAUCCGUUUCCAAAGUUCAAGAAGAGGAGGUGAAAGAACCACCUACGAAAAAAGUAAAAACUGCCCCAAUUCGACCUCGAGGAAUGGUGGUCGCGGCAUCUAGUUCUGUGGUGUUGAACAAGAAGAUUGAUGAAGAUGAAGAGGAGGCCGAGCUCAAUGCUGCCCUUGGCAUUGACACUCAACCGACCGUGGCAGCUCCUCCAGCUCUUCCUCCACCACCAACAUCAUCGGUGCAAUCUAGUAAUGUUGGAACGCCUGGGGCACCCCCGCCGCCACCGCCACCAUCCAAUAAACAAAAAAAGCCAGUCAAACGAAUGGCAGGUGGCCAAGUCUGGGAAGAUCCUUCUCUUGCAGAAUGGCCCGAAAACGACUUUCGCAUUUUUUGUGGCAACUUGGACGCAACAGUUACUGAUACACAACUACAUGAUCACUUUAAGAACUAUCCAAACUUAGCCAUGGCCAGGGUUGUGAAGGAUGCAAGUGGAAACAGCAAAGGGUUUGGUUUUGUAUCUUUCCUUUCCCCUUUAUCUUGUGCCAAGGCCAUCCGAGAAAUGGACCAGACAUGGCUUGGUUCCAGGCCGAUCCGAGUGAAACGAAGCGAUUGGAAAGAUCGAAAUAUAAAUCAAGUAAAGAAGAAAAACAAACAACGAAAAAAACGGGGGUUCUAG